AAAAAUCUGUUGUUUUCUAGCUUUAAUUCUGUCUCUGCUCCCUCCUUUUCCCAAUUUCUAAACAACAGAUUGGUCCCACUCAUAAUCAAAAGCUUCUUUUUUCCUCAUUACUUUCUUAACUCCAUUUCCAAUUUAUUUAAGCAAACACUGACCUUAAAUCUGCAUCUCCACUCUCGUUGCUUCCUUCAGAAGGAAUUUUAUCCAUAGGAUCUGUUCAAAUAUGCUUUCCCUCCCACCUUCACCGCCACCACCACCACCACCACCACCAGCUUCUCCGCCGCUGCCACUACCGCCACAGAAGCCCACCACCCCAGUUUCUCUAGAUCAAAUUGUCAUAUCAAGGCCAACCAUAAAUCUGCUGGAUCCUGCAUCACAUAAAGUAAGCCAUGAUGCUAAAAGCUUUGGAAAGCCAUCAAUUCUCCUGCAGUCUCAUCAACCUCGCCGGACCAAACCCGUGAUAUGGUGUGUUGCAAUCCUCUGCCUCAUAUUUAGCCUUGUCCUCAUCUUCUUAGGAAUAGCUACUCUGAUAAUCUUCCUUGCCAUAAAACCAAGAAACCCAGUGUUUGACACUCCUAAUGCAAGCCUAAACACCAUCUAUUUUGACUCACCAGAGUAUUUUAAUGGUGACUUUGUCUUCCUUGCAAGCUUUUCCAACCCGAAUAAGAAAAUUGAUGUGAGAUUUGAGUACAUUGACAUAGGGCUGUACUUUAAUGACAAGCUGAUAGCAACUCAAGCCAUUCAACCUUUCUCUCAAAGAAGAGGAGAAGCAAGGUUGGAGUCAGUUCACCUGUUAUCAAGCUUGGUAUAUUUACCAUGGAAUCUAGCUAUGGAACUAAGAAAGCAGGUUAUGAGCAACAGAGUCCAGUAUAACAUCAGGGGAACUUUUAAGGUGAGAGCCACUCUGGGUCGGAUCCAUUUCUCCUACUGGUUGCAUGGGACAUGCCAGUUAGAGAUGACUGGUCCUCCAACUGGUGCUUUAGUUUCACAUACUUGCAGAACAAAGAGAUGAAGAUGAAGAUGCAGAGCAUUUAUUCAUUCACUUUUCCUAUUUUCAAUUUGGUUAAGUGUCAAUGUAAAGAAUAUCCUCUACAUCAAAGAGAUGAUAACAUUUGUUAACAAUUUCAUUCGAGUUAUUGUAGAAUCUCAAAUUCCAUUAACAGAAUAAAUAGUUUAGAUUCCA